AUGACGUCCACAACCAGUGCACCGCCUCUCACAGAGCUCCACGCCAACGGACAGCAGAUGAGAUUUGACAAACCAAGCCCUUUGCGAAUACCCAAGAAAAGCAUCCAUCACAAACAAGACGACAUCUUCAGCUGCACGAGUGGCUCAAGUGAUCACAGCGCUAGGGGUGGGUCAGAUGCUUUGGACGCGGGUGAUUUGCCCGUGAUAGUAAGGCGCAGAAGGCCCGAUGAUGUCUACCAAGCGGUGGGGAAGGAGAACGACGCCGCUGAUUACAAGUCUCACAUUUCUCGCGGGGUGGAACAUGAUGGCCAUUACGCCUUGCAGGAAGCCAAGCGAUGGCGUGGAUCUUCGCCUGCUGCCACGUUUUCAGCUAGUUGCGGCAUCCGUCGGGCAGUGAAAGCGCGCCCCCCACUCUCCAACCUCCACGAUGCAUCUGCGGAUGUCUCUUGGCUAGGGACGAUUGACCAAAGCAAAACGUCGUCACCCGGCCUGCAAACUCUGGCCAAGGGCCUCGAUCCAUUGCGGCGGCCAGGGCCAGCAUAUGUGCUGGCCCCUUAUGUUGAGGUCACGUCAGAGGUGGCCACUCUUGCGGCUGGGCAACACACCUGGUGGGCAGCCAUCGAGGUCACAGGCCGACUCUCGCCAAUUCCGAGCGGAGAUGUGAACCUAAGGGCCGACGAGCGGUCAGAGAGUUGCAUGGAGCCGCAUGUUCACCACCAGCGAGCGGAGAUAUUUGAAUUCGGUAGCCUUUACGACCUCACUAUUGAAGUAUUACCCACUGGAAAUUCAUCUAUUCUCCAAGUAUUGCGAGAGCAGACCUUCCCGUGCACUAUUUGCCUGGGAUCAAGCAUUCUGGUUUUAGCCCAGAUCCAUAUCGAUCUCAAGACGACACCGCUAAAUCGGAAAUCAUGGAGUGGGCACGUCCGACAAAACUCGGCAGAUCUGAUGGAGGAUCUUGCAGCAGAACUGGGGGACGCUCGGGUGGGGUAUUCGCAUAUCCGAGUAUCAUACCGUCACUCAGCUUUUCCUACCUACAGAGACGCUACCAGCGUUGGUGGCGGCGUGUCAAGCGUCCAGAGCAGGGUAGACACAGUCGCUACUGCAUCUGUAAGCGUUCACAACAGCCUCUCGCCGUGGUCGCCUCCUCCAGCGCGAGUGCUGGAAGCUCUGUUUCCACUCAUGCGACGACACUGGGGACUGACAAAGGCGAAUGCGGCGAUACGACAGAUGGGGGACCAUGGUUACGCGCCGCGCGUGAUUGGCGAGGCAAAUUCUCAGACAUGGCCACAACUGGAUGUGGAUAAUGAUGCACAUGAGGUUGUCAUGCCGGUAAAUUCCGCCCACACGGCACCGCCUGUGCCAUUGAGACAUGCGAGCCUCCAAAGGGAUACCGGGGUCCGAGGACCCAGUGUGGCGAUGGGCCCCAUCAACGAAAUGAGGCGAGUGACACCUAGAGCGACAACGGCGUCUUCGGGUAACUCUUCCCCGAGAAAUGGUGAGAUAUUGUCGAGCCGUGGGCCGCGUGGGACCGCAAUCUCAGACUCUCACACGCACGGAGCACCAGGGGAGUCGUCCAACAAGCGGGCUGUGGAAGAAGCGGUCGCUCGGGGCCGAGACUCUGAGGGGCUUACUGCCGGUGAGAGCUGA